AUGCCUAUUCGACCUAGAAUUACUAUUGUUAGCCUGGUGUUGGCGAUUCCAGUGCUCUUCCUCUGGGCUACUAUCAGAUAUGACCGCAUUGCUCUCUCUAAGCUUGCACACUCUCUUGAUCAGCUCUCUCGCUCAAACGUGAAUGUACCGCCCCUGACGCGCUUUCAGUCACAGUUUCCGUCAGUUGAGGCCGUGGAUGGGCUAUGCAAAAGGGGUUUGAUGUUACCUCCUCCCCUAUCAUACUCAGAAUGGCUCCAUCGCAAGAGCUUCACCCGUGCUUAUAUCCGCCCUAACAUGGUCAGCUCAGAUGUGAAAUUUGCCUCAAUGGAAAUGAUCAGACAACCAGUUCUACCAGAUUUCAUGGCCCUGGAUCGUGGUUUGACAGCACCCCCUGGCGAUAAAGGAGGGGACGCGUUGACAUGCCCACCAGUGGUUGAAGUUGAUGUGGCAGCAGACAGCGGGGCUGAGGAUACGGAGUAUAUGCUAUUUGGUCUUGCAACGGAUGUAGACCGAUUGAGACGCUUCCUCCCAUCGCUCCUUUUCUCAUACGGCUCCUCAAAGGCACAUCUGUUGGUUCUGGUUCCUGAGGGGACGGCAAAUAUCAAUACUCAUGAAACAUACUUCCGAAACCGUGGGCUUAACCUGACUCUAAAGACUUCUCCCCUUGAUUUCACUGCGCGUUAUUUUGGCCUUGUUGAAGCGUUCACGGAACAUAUUGACAAAACCCUUCCUAAUAUCAAGUGGGUUAGCUUUGUUGAUGACGAUACCUUCUUCCCGUCUUUGGCAACUAUCGGGAAACGCCUGGCAACAAUUGAUGCAACCAAGCGGCACUAUAUCGGAUCCCUCUCUGAAGCAAGUAUACAGGUCAAUGAAUUCGGUCCUAUUGCUUUUGGAGGUGCUGGGGUAUUUGUGUCCAAACCACUCCUUGAGACCAUGCAUACGGUAUACCAGAAGUGUCAGGACCUUGGUAUUCAACCUGGGGACCAGAAAGUGGCACAUUGCAUCAAAAAAUUUGGAAAUACCGACUUAACACUCUGGGACUCGCUGUAUCAGAUGGAUAUGAGAGGUGAACCCGAUGGGAUGUUUGAAUCGGGACGCCAGUUCGACUCCCUACAUCACUGGCAGAGCUGGUAUAAUAAGGACGUGAUAAAAAUGAGCACUGUCGCGGCAGCUGCGGGUCGUAAUUCAGUCUUGCGACGAUGGCGUUUCGAUGAACGCAUCACAGGAAAGGGGCAACGAACCUUUUGGGUGCUAACCAACGGCUACUCGAUGAUUAAGUACACGAUCGACGCUUCCGCAAAUGCUGAAUCAGUCGGAUUUGACAGGGUUGAAAAGACUUGGGAUGGGGAUGAUAAAGUGUUUGAAAAACGACUCGGCCCCCUAAGGCCCAAAGACCAGCCUGGAGUUAAAAAGGAAAGAUGGAUGCUUACCGAGUCUACAGUUAUUGGUGAUAAUGUGCACCAGCUGUACUCGAGGGAAUUUGAUGAAACACAUAGUGUUAUUGAGCUCAUUUGGUUAGGGACACCAGGUGCCUCGGAGCCUUCUAUGUAA